AUGGACAACAGUGUCAAAACUGCGCAAUUCCUAUGUAAUGCAAAAUGGAAGUGGGCCUAUAUUGAACAAGGAAUGAAGUGCAGACAGUGUUCUUCGUCAAUAUUUGUUCGUCCAUUAGAUCCAAGGAAUUAUGAAGAUCGUCGAUAUAUUCAAGCUCAUCGACUUCAAGAGCUCAGCGAUGUAGAAGAUGAUGAAAAUCAUAUAGAUCCUAGUAGAGAACAUCGACAGGAUCUAUGCGAAAAAUGUACACGAUUAGGUCGACCGUGUCGCGAAACAGCUGGUCAAAAUGAUAUAUUGGCGAGUACUCGACUUCGUCAACGAAAUGUAUUAUCUGCAAUUCCUACUCAACGGUUCGUAUCAGCAGGGUCAUAUCGACCUUAUGAAUCUUCGAACACGUCGCGUUCAACAUCGUCUAGAACACCUUUGUCGACGUCUGUCGAUGGAUCAGAGUCAUCUGGCGGUGGCGCAAUCGUCUGUCAAGAGUUAAUAUUGGGUCCCAUAAACUGUCGUAUAGUUUAUCCUCUUUUACAAGUUCCCGUUGGUAUAUUAUUUUGA